AUGCUUGAAUUGAACGAGCGACAGACUGCCAAGUUCAUUAAACAAAAAAUAGAAGAAGUUCUGAGAGAAUUCAACAUCGCGCUCGAUCAGGUUUUAAGGGUGACGUGCGAUAACGGUGCGAACAUGCUAGCGGCCGUCAGAGAACUUGACAAGUACGUACAAGUCAUAAGUGCUGAAAAACUGAUGUUAGACGAUGAGGAUGAUAAUUACGAAGAUAAUGAUGAGCUGUUAAAUGAUAUAAUCAAUGAGUUGUCAACUAAAGUCAGCCUUGUACGAUGCGCCGUGCAUACUUUGCAAUUGGCAGUGACGGACGUCGUCAAUCACACUGAUAACCGUAUCCGCAGAAUAACCACCGUGGCCAAAAAUUGCCGGAAAACAGCCUAUAAACCUUCUUUCGAUCUGAAAAAUAUUCCUCUCCCACCAUUGUUUUCCAAAACAAGAUGGGGAGGAAUUUACGAAAUGAUUUUAAAGUUUCACGAUAACGAGGAGUUUUACAGAGAUCUAGGGAAGCAGUUUAAGGAGCUAGAUCUGUCGGAGCAUUGGGAUUACAUUCAUGAUUAUAAAAACGCGUUGCAACCAGUUUAUGUUUCCACAAAAGAGAUGCAGGCAAAACACAUGUCUGUGGGAGAUUUCUACAUCAACUGGCUUCGUUGCAUGAUGGAAGUUAAGCAGCAGCCUAUGAAUGAAUUGGCCAAAUCUCUAGCAACAUCGUUGCAAACAAGACUACAGCAACUUCAACAAAAUUUGCCCUUUAAAGCUGCUUUGUUAGUCGAUCCCAGGUUUAAUUAUAUCUCAUCAUCUGUUCUAACUUCGGAGGAGAAGGAGGAAACAAGUAAAUUCAUCAUUGCCACAUCAGAAAGGAUUAAGUCAUUGAUACCUACCAAAUCACCGCAAACAAGUACGACUACUGAGCAAAAUACUUCAAGUUCUUAUUUGGAUGACUUCAUGACGCGCUUUUUCGGAGGAUCUCCACCAUCAACAUCGCAGACCAGUUCAGGAAACUCAUUUGUAAAGCAAGUGAAUGCUUUAGAUUUGGAAACGCAUCAGAACUAUAAGUACGAUACAUGGAAGCACUGGACAGACCGUAAAGAUUCACACCCUGAACUUUCAGAAGUAGCUUUCACCAUUAUGACAGUGCCAGCAACGCAGGUGUCUGUUGAGCGAGCGUUUAGUGCCUUGGCAUUAGUAUUAUCACCGGCUCGAACAAAAUUAUCCGCUCAAAAUCUCGCAAACAUUCUGUUGGUUAAAUUGAAUGAAGAAUUGGUUCACGAAAUCGUUCCUAAUAUGUAUGACUGGAAGGAGUUAAGUAAAUAA